UGGCUCUAGGAGAUCCAAGAACCCAGACGGUCCAAAUCAUGUGCGGCAACCAACGGGAGCACAACACAACUGUGUUUGUUCCAAACUUUGUGAGCACAAUGGAAAACAUCAGUGAACAAAUGCGGACUUCUGGUUUUGGAGUGGCAAGGACUGGUUCAGGCCCUGACACCAACUAUGGCCUAGCUCAAUGCUAUGGUGAUCUUUCUCUUCUAGACUGUGUGCUAUGCUACGCUGAGGCACGUACGGUGCUUCCCCAAUGCUUUCCUUACAAUGGGGGUCGGAUUUACCUAGACGGUUGCUUCAUGAGGUCAGAAAACUACACGUUUUAUGAGGAGUUUAGAGGAUCAGACGACAGGGCUGUGUGCGGGAACACUACGAGGAAGAGUACGGCGUUCGAAGAAUCAGCAAGGCAGGUUGUGCAGCGUGCAGUUGAAUCUGCUCCAAGCAACGGAGGGUAUGCAAGGGGUGAGGUGAGUGUUAGUGGGACGGGGAACAAAUCAGCUUAUGUGUUGGCUGAUUGCUGGAGAACUUUGGAUGAGAACUCUUGCAGGCAAUGUCUGGAAAAUGCAUCUGUAUCAAUGUUGGGAUGCUUGCCUUGGUCUGAGGGGAGAGCAUUAUACACAGGGUGCUUCAUGAGGUACUCAGAUAGAGAUUUUCUCAACAAGGAAGUGGGGAAUGGAAGUUCUAGAGGUACCAUAAUUGUGAUAGUAGUGUCAGUUGUCAGCUCCUUGGUGGUUUUGGUAGUUGGAGUAGCAAUUGGAUUUUAUAUCUGGAAGCACAGAUACAUACAAAAGAAACGCAGAGGAUCAAAUGAUGCAGAAAAGUGGGCAAAAACCCUCAAUGAC